UUUUGGUUGUGAGCGAUCGAGGGAGGUUUACACAUACACUGGCGGCAGCAACGGCAGCACCGGAUCUGAUCAUCUCACCACUACCCAAUCCUUGCUUUUGCUCUUUUUUCUUUUCCUGCAUCAAACACACACACAUAUUUCUUUACCCCAAUAACUCUUUUUCAUCGUGUUGCGCAUGUUUAGAGCUUGGGUGGACGAUCUAUUUCAUCGCUAUACAUUUCCCGCACAUACAUGGAGUGAUGGGGCACUAGACAACAACAGCUCUCAUCGAGUCGAGAUUCAUUAUCUUGGUGCGUCGUAUAUGCAGAGCGGACCAUACAGUGUUUCAAGUGCAGCCUUUUAUGAAAUUACGGAAACAACGGACAAGGAUAUUUGUAACGAAGACAACACGAUAGUGGAGCAACAGCAAUACGUUCUAUCGUCAUCUGUAUCAUCACCGCCAAUUUCGAUGAUCGGUGGUGGUGGUAAUAGUUCAUCUGCUGCUGCUUCUACUGCUUCUGAGAACAGUGGCAGUAGCAAUCCAGUAAAUAUGCUUCCCCCGAAGAAAAGACGACGGCAUAAAGUCAUACGGAACAAGGUCGUUUUCUGUGUCGACCCUCCGCCUGCGUCAGAGCUGCAUACUCCUUCUCCUCAUCUUGACUACUACUUGUUUCCUCACGAUGCCGUCGCAGGAGCCGUCAAUGAUGCUCCUCCGUUUGAGCUUGUAUUCUCUUUUCAUGUGCCACCACCUUCCUCGUCGUCAUCACCAUCGUCAUCAAUGGAUGGGCCUCAUUUUGAGGAAAGAAGGCCAACCAAGCUGGAAGAGUUUGCUGCUGUAUGCAGCAGUGCCAAUCGAAUGCACCCGCGUUGUCGCUCGACAGAUCCAGGUACAGGCGAUAGCAGUAGUAGUCAUGUGAUGGCAGCAACAACCUUAUUGUCAGCGGCAGCAGCCGCUCCUCUUCCUCCGAUGCCAUUUGAUGAUCCUCGUUGCAAAGUCGUAAAUAUGCGGAUAUCCGGUGUGUCGAGACGGCUCUUUGUUGCUAUCAAGCAGACGGUGUCUGAUUUUGAAACAGUGUGCGAAAGAAUGGUGCAGUUGAUGAAGUAUCAUACGCAACAAAUGGCUGGUCAAAAGGGUUCUAUAUCCAAUGCACCACGGCCCUUGCUGACGCCAGUACCGCCAUCACCCAUUAUUACCUCUGCGCAUGACGCCGAGUGGGAAGAGUUGCUAAAUAGCAAAGACCAGCAUCAAUAUCACCAUCAUCGUAAAUCUGACGCGUGCAGCAGUGAUGAUACCAGCUUCGACAAAGUUGAUAUGCUUGUCGACCCUAUACCUAAAAACAGCCAUUCUAAUGGCAGCAGUAGCCACACUAGUGCUUCACGAGCGCCCAUUUCACCACGCUCCGCAUCUACGACAUUGAGCAGCAAUAGUACUAGUAAUCAUAACAGCAAUAACAACAACAAUAUUACUACUGCUACCACUGCGACCACCAGCACAUCCAAAACCCGAAAUAACAGUUCCGGUGGGGCCGUAAAGAAAUGUUUAUACUGUGGGUCCAAAAGUACACCCAUGUGGCGCCGAGGACCUCAGGGUGCAGGCACACUGUGUAAUGCAUGUGGUGUGAAAUGGAAGCAUGGCAAAAUUCUGUCGGGAAGCACAAGCACUGAUAUGCUAGGUUCAUCUUCCAACAUGGAUCGACCUCCAGCAGCACCCAAGGAACGACGUGGAUCGAGUAAGAGUGACAAAAAACGCAAGAAAUCAACAAGUGGUGGAGGAGGUGGUGGGAGAGCGGAUCGACGUGGCGGUCAACGAUCUGCUUCUGCAACACCUGUUAUGGAGACGACGCACGCUGCUGGUGCUGUUACUGCACCACCAUCGUCUUCCUCUUCAGCAUUUAAAUCGUUGCGACAACAACAGACCCAUAGCAACAGCUUCGACAAUAACAAUAAUAGUGAUGAUGACGAUAUGGAACGCAACAUUAACGCUGCACGAAAUCUGAGUAUACGUGAAGAUGAGGAUGAGUACCAUCCACAACAACAACAGCCUCCCAGCAUCCGCAGUAAUGCAACAUUUGCUGUGCCAUGGCUACCGCGCGAUAGCAAUAGCAAUAAUUCAUUUGCUUCGGAAUACCACUUUCAGCAACACCAACAUCACCACAAUCACCGUCAGACAAUGACAACAGCAACCGCAGCUAUAGAUGCACCCAGCUUGUCUUCGUCAUCCCUUUCAAUAUCAGGCUCUUAUAGUCCUAUUGAGUCUUCGCCCAACUCAUCACCGCGGCUAUCAUCGGCGGCGCCAUCGGUUGUCAGCAUGCACCACAGUAGACGACACACCAUGGAUGUGGCAAUGGCGAGCAAGUUCGGGUACAGUGAAGCGUCAUAUCCAAUGUCGGCCGGCGUGGAUGCUGUAGAAGCAGCAGCUCUGUUAACUUUGCUCAAACGGUCCUAGUCUUUAUUCUAUUCUGUUCUCUGUAAACAUAUAUACUUCUUCUGCUAUGUUGCGCUCUACAUGUUUUUGUUCUUUUCAUUAUAUAUUUCCUCGCUCUUUCUCUCUCUUUUUUUUCCACAAGUCACGAUCCUCUUCUUCUUCUUCUUUCUCUGUAUUUCACCCUCAUUACACACGCCCAACACAUACAAGCACCACCAAACUCAUUCUCUCCAUAUUUCAGUAUGUACAUAGUGUUCGAUGUUGUUAUAUUAAAUUUUUACCAACUUUUAUGCGAGUGUGGUGUGGUGCUACAACGAUGUCGAGAGUUUACCCUUAAAAGUAGAAACUCAGCGAAAAGAAGAGGCAGCAACAAGCAACUUGGAAAUAAACAU